CGCACGCCGGGACCGCCCACCUUCCCGCUGACAGCGAGGCUCUGGCUGGAGGGAAGUGGGUCCGCUCUCUGGUCGGUUGGGAACGAGGCUCUGCCGCCAGGCCCGCGCCGAGCCGUUGCCAUGGCAGCCGCCGCCGGGGGCGCGGAAGGCGAGUCGCGCUCAGGCCGCUCGAGCUCUGAUGGCGAGUGCGCGGUGGCGCCGGAGCCACUUACCGGCCCAGAGGGCCUCUUCUCCUUCGCAGACUUCGGAUCAGCGCUGGACGGCGGCGCCGGCCUCCCGGGCCGGGCAUCGGGCGGGGCGCAGUCCCCGCUGCGCUACCUGCAAGUCCUGUGGCAGCAGGACUCGGAGCCGCGCGAUGAGCUGCGCUGCAAGAUCCCCGCCGGCCGGCUGCGGCGCGCGGCCAGGCCCCACCGCCGGCUCGGGCCCACCGGCAAGGAGGUGCACGCUCUGAAGAGGCUGAGGGACUGCGCUAAUGCCAAUGAUGUGGAAACAGUGCAGCAGCUGCUGGAAGAUGGUGUAGAUCCCUGCGCAGCUGAUGACAAAGGCCGCACCGCGUUACACUUCGCCUCCUGCAAUGGCAAUGACCAGAUCGUGCAGCUACUCCUGGACCAUGGGGCAGAUCCCAACCAGCGGGAUGGUCUGGGGAACACACCUUUGCACCUGGCUGCCUGCACCAACCACGUCCCUGUCAUCACCACACUGCUACGAGGAGGGGCCCGGGUGGAUGCCCUGGACCGCGCUGGCCGCACGCCCUUGCACCUGGCCAAGUCCAAGCUGAACAUCCUGCAGGAGGGCCACUCCCAGUGCCUGGAGGCCGUGCGGCUGGAGGUGAAGCAAAUCAUCCAGAUGCUGAGGGAGUACCUGGAGCGCCUAGGGCGGCACGAGCAGCGAGAGCGGCUGGACGACCUCUGCACGCGCCUCCAGAUGACCAGCACCAGGGAGCAGGUAGACGAAGUGACCGACCUCCUCGCCAGCUUCACCUCCCUCAGCUUGCAGAUGCAGAACUUAGAGAAGAGGUAGCAAGAGCCUGCCGGCCUACACCCAGCCCCGUGCUCUCAUUGCCAUGAGAAAGCCAGCAGCCUGGAACUGUGGGGCUGCCUUUAUCUGGGGUGGGGGAGGCUGAUCCUCAGCCCCAGAUGCCAUGGAGCGGAGAUGCUCUCCCACUCACCUCACAGUGCUCCAGCCACAGCCUUCAGAGCCACGGCCUCCUUCUGCUCCCCGCCUCCCCCCCAGCGGCCACGCCUCAGCUCCGGCUGCCGUCACUCUCCUGGCAGGCUGUAUUUCUCCGUGACCUCCUGCUGGCACCUUCAGCACCCCCCAGAUUCUUCUUGGGCCUCUUUCCAGCCACGGGCAUGUGAAGCCACCUGGGUGUGGACUCAGAGUGGGCCUCUGGCCUGGGGGCUUCCAGGCUGGCUCUGCACCACGGAGCAGCACUAGAGUUAGACUCACCACAUACCAUUCAAGGAGAUUGCAGGUUCUCUUGCUGGGAGGGGAAGGCGGGUAAAGCCUAGUCCUCAGAAACAAGGUUAGGAAGCAUCCCACUGGAGUCAGCAGGGGUCCCCACCCUUGUUCUCCCAGCCAUUCAAAGGCCCAGAGGGCAGACCACUGCAGCCUAGUUGUAGUAAGUAGGCUGAGGAGUUAUCUGCAAGAUGUCCAGGGACCUGUGACUAUCACCUUGUGUGGCAGAGGGGACUUUGCUGGUAAUUACGUCUUUAAUUGAGGAGAUGCCCUGGCUCAUCCAGGCAGGAUGCUUUGCAGGAGGGAGCAGGGUAUCACAGAGGAAGUAGGAGACAAGUGAGGGAGGUGGGGAGGUGGAGCAGAUUGGGAAGGGAGUCACAUGCCAAGGUAGGUAGGCGUCCUCCAGGAGCUGGAAAGGACCAGGAAAUGGACUCUCACCCUGGACUUCUAGAAUGAGCCAGUCCUCUGUUCAUUUUACUCCAGCGAGACUGACUUUGGAAUUCUGACCAACAGACAUGUAAGAGAAUAAACGCGUGUUCUUUU